AUGUCAGUCGAAGAUAAAGUAGCAGAUUUGAAGCUCCAAGAUGAGAGUGAACAAAAAAUCACACCAUGGGAAGUAGAAGGAGCUGUUGUUGAUGGGAAAUCACAGGGCAUUGAUUAUGAAAAAUUGAUCAAACAAUUUGGAACUAAAGCCAUUACUCUGGAAACUUUGACUAGGUUCAAAGAAGUUACUGGACAUGAACCACAUCCGUUCUUGAAGCGUGGGGUUUUUUUUUCCGAAAGAGAUCUACACAAGAUAUUGGAUUUGUAUGAACAUGGUGAACCAUUCUUUUUGUAUACGGGAAGAGGGCCAUCAUCCGACUCGAUGCAUUUGGGCCAUAUGAUUCCAUUUGUUUUCACCAAAUGGUUGCAAGACGUAUUUGAUGUUCCGUUGGUGAUUGAGUUGACCGAUGACGAAAAGUUUUUGUUUAAACCUAAAUUGACCAUUGAUGAUGUCAAGAAUUUCUCAGUGGAAAACGCCAAAGAUAUCGUUGCCGUGGGGUUCAAACCAGAAAACACAUUUAUAUUUUCAGAUUUGCAGUACAUGGGUGGUGCUUUUUAUGAAAAUGUUGUUAGAACAUCGCGUCAGAUCACAACUUCAACAGCAAAAGCAGUUUUUGGAUUCACUGAUACCGAUUGUAUUGGAAAAAUUCAUUUUGCUAGUAUUCAAAUUGCAACUGCAUUUCCUUCGUCAUUCCCUGAUGUCUUGGGAUUACCACCCAAAACCCCUUGUUUAAUCCCCUGUGCUAUUGACCAAGAUCCGUAUUUCAGGGUGUGCAGAGACGUUGCUGAUAAGUUAAAGUUCUCCAAGCCAGCCUUAAUUCAUGCCAAAUUCUUUCCGGCAUUACAAGGUGCUUCAACAAAAAUGUCUGCUUCUGACACCUCGUCUUCGAUAUUCAUGGGUGAUUCUGCAAAACAAAUACAGAAAAAGAUUAAUAAAUUUGCAUUUUCAGGAGGUCAGGCAUUGAUGGAAGAUCACCGCAAGUAUGGAGGAAAUGUUGACGUUGAUGUUGCAUACCAAUACUUGUCAUUUUUCAGUUACGAUGAUGAAAAGUUGGAGAAAUUGGCUGAAGGUUAUAGAAAAGGUGAAAUACUAUCGGGUGAAAUGAAAAAGGAAUGUAUUACUGUCUUGCAAGAGUUUGUGGGUGCUUAUCAAGAGAGAAGAAGUAAGGUUGAUGACCAAGUUGUUGAGAAAUUCAUGAAACCUCAUAAGUUGGUUUAUGGUCAGCAAGAAAGGAAAGUUGCACCAAAACAAAGACAAAAGAAGUAG